UCCCUGGCCCGCGGGAUGACACCGCCUCCGCCCGGAUGCGCCGCCCUCGGCGCCCGGCGCGCCCGCGCCUGCGACCCGCCGCCGGCUCGCUCGGAGCUCCCGCAGAGCCGCCGGUUGCAGCUGCGGCUGCAGCCGCUGCUCUUGCUCUGGCUCGGGGCGGCCGCCUCCGCGCAAGGCCACCCCAAGAGCGGACCCCGCAUCUCCACCGUCUGGAGAGGUCAUGCCGGGCAGGACCAGGUGGACUUUGGCCAGGAUGAACGCCACACGGUGCUUUUCCAUGAACCAGGCAGCCCAUCCGUGUGGGUGGGUGGCCGUGGUAAGGUCUACCACUUCAAUUUUCCUGAGGGCCAGAAUGCGUCCCUGCACACGAUAAACAUCAGCCCCACCAAAGGGUCCUGCCUAGACAAGCCGUAUUGUGACAACUACAUCACGCUCCUGGAGAGGCAGAGCGAGGGGCUACUGGUGUGUGGGACCAAUGCCCGGCGCCCCAGUUGCUGGACACUGGUCAAUGACUCUGUGAAGCUGCUUGGAGAGCGGCGAGGCUUUGCCCCCUUCAGCCCGGAUGAGAACUCCCUGGUUUUGUUUGAUGGGCAAGAGGUGUACUCCACCAUCAGGAAGCAGGAGUACAAUGGCAAAAUCCCGCGCUUCCGACGCAUCCAGGGCGAGAUCGAGCUGUACACCAGUGACACGGUCAUGCAGAACCCACAGUUCAUCAAGGCCACCCUUGUGCACCAGGACGAAGCAUACGAUGACAAAAUCUACUACUUCUUCCGGGAGGACAACCCCGACAAGAACCCUGAGGCCCCCCUCAACGUGUCCCGUGUGGCACAGCUGUGCAGGGGGGACCAGGGCGGCGAGAGCUCGCUGUCUGUUUCCAAGUGGAACACUUUCCUGAAGGCCAUGCUGGUAUGCAGCGAUGCAGCCACCAACAAGAACUUCAACCGAUUGCAGGACGUCUUCCUGCUUCCUGGCCCCAGCGGCCAGUGGAGGGACACUCUGGUCUACGGUGUCUUCUCUAACCCCUGGAACUAUUCUGCUGUCUGUGUGUAUUCACUGGAGGACAUUGACCGCAUCUUUCGCACCUCCUCUCUCAAGGGCUAUCAUGCCAGCCUUCCCAAUCCUAGGCCUGGCAAGUGUCUCCCUCAUCGGCAGCCGAUACCCACCGAGACCUUUCAGGUGGCUGACAGUAACCCUGAGGUGGCCCAGAGAGUGGAGCCCAUAGGGCCCCUGAAGACUCCUGUGUUCCACUCCAAGCACCAUUACCAGAAAGUGGUAGUGCACCGAAUGCAGGCCAGCCAUGGGCAGACUUUCCAUGUGCUCUACCUGACUACAGACAGGGGCACCAUCCACAAGGUUGUGGAGUCCAGAGACGGUGAACGCAGCCUCGUCUUCAACAUCAUGGAGAUCCAGCCUUUCCGCCGUGAGGCUGCCAUCCAGGGUAUUUCCCUGGAUGCUGAGCGGCUGAAGCUGUACGUGAGUUCUCAGUGGGAGGUGAGCCAGGUACCCCUGGACCUAUGUGAGGGGUACGGCAAUGGCUGCCAUAGCUGUCUCAUGGCCCGAGACCCCUACUGCGGCUGGGACCAGGAUCACUGUGUCUCCAUCUACAAAGCCCAAGGGUCGGUGCUACAGUCCAUCAGUCCAGAUGAGCCACACAAGGAAUGCCCCGACUCUAAGCCAGAAGAGGCCCCGGUGCAGAAGGUCUCCCUGGCCCAGAACACCCGCUACUACUUGAGCUGCCCGAUCGAGUCCCACCAUGCCACCUACUCAUGGCGCCACGAGGAGAAUGUGGAGCAGAACUGUGAGCCCGGCCACCAGAGCCCCAACUGCAUCCUGUUCAUCGAGAACCUCACGGCGCGCCAAUACGGCCACUAUCGCUGCGAGGCCUUGGAGGGCUCGUACCUGCGUGAGACACAGCACUGGGAGCUGGUGCCCUAUGACCGCAGUGGCACUGCCCAGCACCUGCAGGGCCAUGCCUGCCUGCUGGCCACUUCUCUUUGGCUGGGGGUUCUGCCCACACUGGCUCUAAGCCUGCUCCUUCACUAGGGCUUUCCGCAGCUGGGGCCACUACAGGCUCCUGCGAGUCUCACACCCAGUGCCCAGAGCCCUUCUUGAAUCACCUCGCAUCUUCCAGGGAUUGGGGAUUGGGGCAGCUACCUGACCUGAGGGGGGAGCACCAGGCCAGGGGAUGGCUAGCCGCGGGCGGCUGCACUCUGCCAGCUCGGAAUGCUUGGGGACCGGAGAAUGAAGUGAAGGGGGAGGGAUGGGGUCAGGUCCUGAGCGUCAGAGACUUUCUCAAAAAUUCCUCACACUUGACUAUAGGCUAUGAUGCUCCCAGCCCAAGAGCCAGUGAGCCAGAGUGGGAUUCGCAGAGGCCAUCCUAAGGCUUCUCGCCUCUGGACUUUGGGGCUGAGACCUGAGUCCCUCUGGUCUCCUGGGGCUCUCGUAUUCUCUCCCCAUCACGGCUGGGGGUGCUUAGUGUUCCCACAGGCCCUGGGCAAGGAAGCACUUCACCAGCCCUGGGUUCUGCUAGGCAGCCACCUUGCAUGUUUAUUGAAGGAUGUUUGCUUUCCGGACAGGACGGAAAAAGCUCUAUUUUUAUGUUAGGCUUAUUUCAUGUAUAGCUACUUCCGACUGCAUCUGUAUGAAAAUACCAAAACUACA